AUGUCAAAAGCGUCGACGCCCUCACUGCCCCGCUACGAUGCCUCGAACCCAUAUUCCAAGCCCUCCCGUCCUUCAUCGCCAAUGCUGCAACCACCAGAGCCCCAUAAGCGCAGCCCAACACCCUCAUCAGUAACAGCCACGUACUCGCUUUUGUCCGCACAAGAAACCGCGCAAAAGCUCUCCACCUCCGUCACACAUGGCCUUUCUGCUGCAGACGCCUCGACACGCAUACACCUCCAUGGCCUUAACGAACUCCCGCACGAAGAGCCCGAGCCGCUGUGGCUGCGGUUCCUCAAGCAAUUCAAGGAGACACUCAUCCUUCUGUUGCUAGGAUCUGCUGCUGUGUCAUUUAUCAUGGGCAACUUGGAAGACGCGCUGAGCAUAACUGUAGCAGUGACCAUUGUCGUCACCGUAGGCUUCGUACAAGAGUACCGGUCGGAAAAGUCAAUCGAGGCUCUCAACUCGCUCGUUCCGCAUUCUGCACACAUCAUACGCGCUGGAGCUGAGCCAUCACGGGGCGGCCGCACACCCAAUGGCACAACCGACGGCAUCGAACUGGACAAUCUCAAGGAUACUACGGCUUCGCUCUCCGCAGCUGAGAGGAAGUCCACGACAAUCUCCGCGACAUUGCUAGUACCAGGCGAUUUGGUCUUAUUUCACACGGGCGACCGCAUACCUGCCGACAUUCGCAUCACACACGCUGCCGACCUUAGCAUCGACGAGUCUAAUCUCACGGGAGAGAACGAACCCGUCUCCAAGUCGCCUGACACUAUUGCACCCCCAACAGGGGCCCAACGAUCACCUUCGCCCUUUUACGCAUCCGAAGCCACUGGUACUGUUGGUGCAGACAUUAGGCUCAAUGACCAGAAAAAUAUUGCUUUCAUGGGUACUCUGGUUAGAUCUGGGUAUGGACAAGGAAUUGUUAUUGGUACUGGAGGCAAUACGGAAUUUGGCGCCAUCUCGGCAUCCUUGGGAGAAAUUGAAAGCCCCAGGACUCCUCUGCAACUUUCUAUGGACCGACUCGGAAAGGAGCUGAGUUACAUGUCAUUUGGUGUUAUUGCAUUUAUCGGGUUGGUAGGAUUGUGGCGGGGGUGGAAGUUUCUCGAGGUCUUUCAGAUUGCUGUCUCGCUUGCUGUUGCUGCCAUACCUGAAGGACUGCCAAUUAUCGUUACGGUCACGCUUGCUUUGGGUGUGCUAAGGAUGUCCAAGCGCGACGCCAUUGUCCGACGGCUGCCCAGUGUAGAGACAUUGGCCUCGGUUAAUGUCGUCUGUACUGACAAGACGGGCACGCUGACAACUAACCACAUGACUGUCACAAAAAUAUGGCAUUUUGGCGAGGCUACUCCAACAGAUGUGAAGCUCAAGCACGACUCUAUGGAUCUCGACUCCCCCACUCGUAACAUCCUGCGGAUCGGAAAUAUAGUCAACAAUGCCCGUCUAUUGAGCGACCACGCUGCAUCAGCUUCCACAGCAGCAGUUCUUUCGUCCACCCUGGGCGAUGAUAGUGCCUCGGCCAAAAGUAGAUGGGUCGGUCAGCCUACCGAUGUCGCCCUCCUUGACCUAAUUGAUGCUUUUGGUGAAGACGACGUGCGGGAAAGGCUUGGUGAACGCAAGUUCGAAACCCCAUUCAGCUCAGAGAGAAAGUGGAUGGGCGUUGUCGUUGGCAGCAGUUCUGGUAGUCACACUCCCGGUUCCGAACACAGCUAUAUCAAGGGUGCAUUGGAGAGGAUUCUCGAUCGCUGCGAUACAUACGUCACUGCACAGGGCAAAGAGGUAGCAUUGGAUCAAGCACACAAGCAGGAAGCAAUCAUGGCUGCGGAAUCCAUGGCUCAAGAGGGUCUACGAGUACUCGGCUUCGCAAGUGGUGUGUCCAAGGCGAAGAAGAAAAAUAUUAGUGGCACUGCCUCUCCAGCGCCGGCCGUACACUCUGCUCUUGGUGAUGAUGAGCACUAUCGUGGUCUCACGUUUGCAGGACUUGUAGGCAUGAACGAUCCUCCACGCAAGGGUGUCGAAAGAGCCAUCCGGCGUCUGAUGGCUGGCAAGGUCAAGGUGAUUAUGAUUACCGGUGAUGCAGAGACUACCGCAGUUGCCAUUGGAAAGAGUCUGGGGAUGCCGAUUACCGAAAACUCUGCGCUUGGACGCUCUGUCAUCCGUGGAGAUGAGGUAGACCAGAUGAGUGAGGAAGAACUCGCCCAGGCCAUGGCAACGACGUCAAUCUUUGCACGCACGAGUCCGGACCACAAGAUGAAGAUUGUUCGAGCGCUCCAGUCGCGAGGCGAUGUCGUUGCAAUGACUGGCGAUGGAGUCAAUGACGCACCAGCACUUAAGAAAGCCGACAUUGGCAUCUCGAUGGGCAGACUGGGAACAGACGUUGCCAAAGAAGCCGCAGACAUGAUCCUAACCGACGACAACUUUGCCACAAUUCUCAACGCCAUCGAAGAGGGAAAGGGUAUCUUCUACAACAUCCAAAACUUCCUUACCUUUCAACUUAGUACCAGUGUGGCAGCACUGAGCCUGGUACUCUUGAGUACUUUUCUCGGUUUCCAGAAUCCGCUCAAUGCCAUGCAGAUUCUGUGGAUCAGUAAGUUAUUAUCCAUGUAUAUUCAAGACAACGAAGGCUAA